UGCAGUAUAUCGAUGAACGCGUUACAGUCAGUUAAAAGCUUUUUCCUUCCCACGUCAUCCGCCGAUUGGUGGGUUCAGUUCAGGAAAUGGGAACAUCUAUGCUGCCCAAAACAGCCGACAGUGCGAUUGGUGUUUCUGUUUCUGUUUUUCCUGCUUCUGGAACUGACCGUCUUCGCAAUAACGUUGCUGUACGUUCCUUCGCGUAUGCACACUGGUUCCUUUUUCCUGGACAACGGAGUACCGGCGAUCCUGAUCAUUGCUACCACCGGAAGUGUCGUGAAGCUAUCGCACAUGCUUUCCCAGCGUCACCGAAUUGGUGCCAUCUCUGACACGCUGCAACAGUUUGAUCACACGAUCCAAAUGCUAGACUUUCGAAUGAAAUGCGAUGAAAUUGUCUAUUGGACAGCAGGAUGGAGCAUUACGUUUGCAAUCACAACGCUUAUUUUCUCAGUCACAAUUAAAGUCUUUGGAUCCGUGGUGUUUGAGCACGUGGGCACCGGUCUCAUGAUAGUGUUCAUAAAUAUUACCAAUAUUCCGUACUCCGUGUUUACGGUGUGGUUUAUAGUUUGUGAGCUUUGUAUACGUUGCCGUAUGCAAUUGCUCCAUUCCCUGCUGGACGGUGGCAUGCGUUCGAUGGCACCCAGCAGAAGGAUAGAAAUGGUCAAACGGUCCAGUCAGCUGCUAGCAGGCGUUACCAAUUUGCACGCCGACCUUUCUUCUAUUGUUGGGCAUGUGAGUGCUAUAUUCUGCGUACAGGUGACUAUUAGCCUGUCCGCGUUCACUAUUUUGCUGAUCUUCUGCAUUUUUUCCUACUACCGAGCGGCCGUCGUUAUGGGCGAGAUCGAAACAAACUUUGCCUGGCUAACGAUAUGCUGGAGCCUGUACAACAGUUGCUUUCAGAUACCGAAAGUGUUGUUUGGAGCCUGGAUUCGACAGGGUUCAAACCAAUUAACAAAACUGGUUCAUCACCAUCUUCGGCAUGCUGACGAGUUUAUGGUACAAAAUCAGUUAUUCAUUUUAUCGCAGCAACUGGAACAUUAUUCGCUAACAAUACGUCCUUGGUAUUACACAAUUAAUUGGCCUGUAUAUGCUACGGUAAGACGAUAUGCAUGGAACAGGUGUGGAGCCACGUGGGCCGGUAUUAAAUGCCAUUUGUUUCCGGUUCCAGGUAAUUGGCUAUAUCAGCACGUACGUUGUAAUUUUGAUACAGUUCGAUAGUAAAACGUUGGACAUUACCAGAGCUACAGAGUGACCGCUUUAAAGCAUCGAAACACACGAAUUACCAAUGAAACAUCAUUUAUUCAGCAGCGCUUCGUACAGUUUCCUUUUCUGUGUUAUUACCACCACCAGAAAUCAACAAAACAAUGAGUCUACAUUGUUGCACUGCGAAGAAGGGUCUACUGCACAUGAUCAUUAAUGUUUGAAUGUUAAUUAAAUAAACACUUUGGAAAAGUAUCUGCUAA